AUGAGCCAAUUAGUCGUCCGGCCAGGACGAAACGCCGCCCGCCAGGCCAAGAAGCUCAAGGAAAUCCGCAAAACGAAGUACGCAAUCCAAUGGCACGAGAGAGAGCGAAAGAAGCGGCAAGAACUCAUGCAGGAGCGAUGGGAGUCAAAGCAAGCCGUCCUGCAGCGCAUCAUGUGGGAAAAUGAAAAUAUCAAGGGCGUCAAGAAACGUGCUUUAGCCAAUGCCAAGGAAGAUUGGAAGUUGGGUCCUUUGAGGCCAAACCGUGCCAUUGGCCCAAAUGCAGACAAGUACGGCGCUCUCACAUCGUCUCAGAUGCAGAAACCAGAAAUCUCCGCCAAGACACAAAAGAAUCGCAAUGUUGUAAGAGAGAGGAAGGGAAUGGAGCUUGAGUAUCCGUUGGUUGUCGAUGAUAAGAAAUACUUUCCUAUUGUCCAAAAUGACCGUGUUGUUAUUCUUAAGGGUAAAGAUGCUGGCAAGAUUGGUGUUGUACAAGAUAUCAUCCCCCGGACUCACGAUGUCAUUGUAAAGGGCUUGAAUAUGCAAUAUUACGACUCCAAUGUCUUCAGUGCUGCCAACGAAGACAUGGGUCCGAAGCAUCCAAACGAGGUGCCACUUCCUCUAGACCACGUUCGCCUUGUAAUACCCUCUGAAAUCAGUCAAGGAGGUGCAAAGCGUUACAAGGACGUUAUCGUAGAAAAGAUUUUCAUGGAGCGACACACAACUGGCAUUGAUCCCUACACCGGGACUGAUUACGGCAGCUCAGAAAUCCCAAAGGAACAUCAAUAUGACCCUCGCAACGGCCUGCCUAUCUUCCAUCGCUACAUUUCAGGUACAAGCCACCGAAUCGAAUGGCCAUGGGAACGCGAGGAAUGGACUGAAGAUGUCGAUGUCACGAAUGGGCAAAGUACAGAUAACCGCUCAUGGCUGCGGAAGACCAUGUCCACCAUUGCUCAACCUUUCUCUGGCCUGGACCGCUGGCGAAGCAGCAACAAGCAGAGCAGAGAGCAGCAAGAUUCGAGUGCCCUGAAGACAGACGAUAUUGAAGAAAACUUCACAAAGAUUGAAAAGGAGCAACAAGACAGAUUCAAGACACAACCUCCAAGAAGCAAGGAUCUCGAACUCCCCGAGGCAUAUGACGAUGUAGAUACAACACGCAACAUCGUCGAGAGAUCAGAGUCCAUGUCCUAUAUCCUCGUCUCACCACCCUUCCCUGACACUCUCGGCGAAGAACUCCGCGGCGACAUCCACGACCUCUCCAUCAAGGCGAAGAAGGAACGAGAUCCCCAGGCGCCGCGCGUUAAGAUCGCCAGGCACUCUGAACAAGGCGCACUCGCACGAGAGAUUGCAAAGCAGCAGAAGAAAGCUGCUGAGGCAAUGAAGACGCCCAUGCAGUUGCGGUGGGAGCUGGAGCAAAGGAAGAAAGCAGAGGCGUCGAAGAAGCAGCCUCUUGUGGAUCAGGAAACCUUGCUGGCUGCGCUGGGCCAACACAUGCAGAAGAAAGCUGCAAAGCCAUACCUAGGCAAGAAGCAGAUUGCUGCUCAAAACCAGGAACUGGACUAA